GAAGUUGCCCGGCGCGCUGGGAAGUGGGCCCGAGGCCGAAGCUGCGGGGCCAGCGUGUUUCUAGAGGAAAACCGCGGGCGGGCUGACAGCUGCCAGCCUGAGCGCUUGUCCUCAUGCCCGAGAACCCGCCGUCGCUGUCAGCACAACAGGCCUCUCCUUUUGGAUUUAACCCUCUGUUCUUGCAUUUUCCCUGCCCAGAAGCUUGUCCUUUGGGCUUUUGUAGUAGCUCUGCUCCCAGGCACGGCCAUGACUGGUAAAGGUCUGGCCUUUAGUUGCCACAUGUGUGAAGACAAGAAUGUGCAAGAUGAUUGCUUACCUUGCAAGCCUCCUGCCAGGGACACAUUCUGUAAAUCUGGGUGUGUCAAACUAGGACCUGCUAGAAGGGGAGGCACGCGGUCCAAGGUUCUUUUACUGUCAGAGGAUGGGCAGAUCCUGGCAGAAGCAGAUGGACUGAGCACAAACCACUGGCUGAUUGGGACAGACAAGUGUGUGGAGAGGAUCAACGAGAUGGUGAACAGAGCCAAGCGGAAAGCAGGGGUGGAUCCUCUGGUACCUCUGAGGAGUUUGGGUCUGUCCCUGAGUGGAGGGGAGCAGGAGGAUGCGGUGAGGAUCCUGAUGGAGGAGCUGAGGGACCGAUUUCCAUACCUGAGUGAAAGCUAUUUAAUCACCACUGAUGCUGCUGGCUCGAUUGCCACAGCCACGCCCGAUGGUGGGAUCGUGCUUAUUUCAGGGACAGGCUCCAACUGUAGGCUUAUCAACCCCGAUGGCUCUGAGAGUGGCUGUGGUGGCUGGGGCCACAUGAUGGGAGACGAGGGCUCAGCCUACUGGAUCGCACACCAGGCCGUGAAAAUAGUGUUUGAUUCCAUUGACAACCUAGAGGCAGCUCCUCAUGAUAUUGGCUAUGUGAAGCAGGCCAUGUUCAACUACUUUCAGGUGCCAGAUCGGCUAGGAAUCCUCACCCACUUGUAUAGGGACUUUGAUAAAUGCACAUUUGCUGGGUUUUGCCGGAAAAUUGCAGAAGGUGCACAGCAGGGAGACCCCCUUUCCCGGUACAUCUUCAGGAAGGCUGGGGAGAUGUUGGGCAGACAUGUCGUAGCAGUGUUGCCGGAGAUUGACCCGGUCUUGUUCCAAGGGGAGAUUGGCCUCCCUAUUCUGUGUGUGGGCUCCGUGUGGAAGAGCUGGGAGCUGCUGAAGGAAGGCUUCCUUCUGGCGCUGACCCACGGCCGAGAGCUGCAGGCACAGAACUCCUUCUCCAGCUUUACCCUGAUGAAGCUGAGGCACUCCUCUGCGCUGGGGGGCGCCAGCCUGGGGGCCAGGCACAUUGGCCAUGUCCUCCCCAUGGACUACAGUGUCAACGCCAUUGCCUUCUACUCCUACACAUUCUCCUAGGGGCUGGUCCUGCCCCACUGUGCCAAGCCUAGUGGACAUUGGGUGCUGGGAGGAGUCUUUUCUUUUAAAAAAAUACAUAGAGAAAAAAAUAAAUGCACUUUACUCAC